AUUUUGUCUGCGGGAGUGGAUCUGUGCAGGGCCAUAUAUACACAUGAUAUGAUUCAGAUGGGGAGAUUGUUCUAAUCGGAUUAGUCCUGUUCCGCGUCGGGGCUGGGGAUAAUUUUGUUCUGCCCCAACAACUCUUCCAAAGGCCGGUUUACACCGUGCUUAUCAUAAAGCUCACCGCCACCAAGGCUCAAGGCAGUACCACCACCUUUCGUUCUUAUCUGCCACACUCCCAUCUAUUCUCCAUACAGUUUGCUGCUGUAGGAGUUGCGAUUUUAACAAGACUUCACCAGUUUCUUGAUCAUGAAUCAACCGAAAAUCAAGCGUAAAGUUGGUAAAUAUGAACUCGGGCGGACAAUAGGCGAGGGAUCAUUUGCCAAAGUUAAGUUUGCGAGGAAUUCCGAGACUGGAGAACAUGUUGCUCUGAAGAUUCUCGACAAAGAUAAGGUCCUAAAGCACAAAAUGGCGGAACAGAUCAAGCGGGAAAUAGCUACAAUGAAGCUAAUAAGACAUCCAAAUGUUGUUCGCUUGUAUGAGGUUAUGGCGAGCAAGACCAAAAUAUUCAUCGUUUUGGAAUUUGUUACCGGUGGAGAGCUGUUUGAUAAAAUUGUAAAUCAUGGACGGAUGAGGGAGGAUGAGGCGAGGAAAUAUUUCCAGCAACUUAUAAACGCGGUUGAUUAUUGCCAUAGCAGGGGAGUCUACCACAGAGAUUUGAAGCCAGAGAAUUUACUAUUGGAUGCUUCUGGGAAUCUCAAGGUUUCUGAUUUUGGAUUGAGUGCUCUGUCCCAGCAAAUCAGGGAUGACGGCUUACUUCACACCACCUGUGGAACUCCAAACUAUGUUGCUCCUGAGGUUUUAGAUGAUCAAGGUUACGAUGGGUCAGCUGCGGACUUGUGGUCCUGUGGAGUCAUACUCUUUGUAUUGCUUGCAGGAUACUUGCCUUUUGAUGAUCCUAAUCUUAUGAACCUAUAUAAAAAAAUAUCCUGCGCUGAGUUUACUUGCCCGCCCUGGAUCUCCUUCAGCGCCAUGAAGUUAAUUACUCGAAUUUUGGAUCCAAACCCUGUGACUCGAAUUACCAUUCCUGAGAUAUUGGAAGAUGAGUGGUUUAAGAAAGACUAUAAACCUGCCGUUUUUUAUGAGAAAGAAGACACAAACCUGGAUGAUGUGGAAGCUGUUUUUAAGGAUUCUCAAGAGCAUCAUGUUACGGAGAAAAAGGAAGAGCAGCCAACUGCAAUGAAUGCAUUCGAGUUAAUUUCUAUGUCAAAAGGGCUCGAUCUUGGAAAUCUCUUUGAUGAAAAGGGAUUCAAGAGGGAAACAAGGUUCACUUCUAAAUGCCCCGCAAAUGAGAUAAUCACUAAGAUAGAAGAAGCUGCAAAGCCCCUCGGUUUUGAUGUUCGAAAGAAGAAUUACAAGAUGCGGCUGGAAAACAUUAAAGCGGGAAGAAAAGGAAACCUUAAUGUUUCAACUGAGGUAUUCCAAGUUGCCCCCUCUCUUCACCUGGUCGAGGUGCGAAAGGCUAAAGGAGACACGUUGGAAUUCCACAAGUUUUACAAGAACCUUUCUACUUGCCUUGAAGAUGUAGUUUGGAGAACUGAAGAAGAUAUGCAAGAAACAACAUAGAAUUUGCCAACCAUGAUUGCUACCCAUUUGUUUUCAGGCCUUGGUCUUCAUUCUCUUAUGUUCUAUAUUUAUUUAUUUUUGGUCUUUUAUGGGACCUUUUUCUCCCAUGAGAGAAUUAGGAAAUUCACUUUGUUGUUCCUUUAUUAUAGGCAGUGGAAAGCAGAGAUGGCUCCUGUAGUCCUCCUGUUGAAGUGUUGAUGUGAAUUUUGUAUACUGUGUAUGCUUGUUAAUGUGAUUGAUUGAUUCAGUGAUUGCAAAUUGCAAUUGUAUACAUGUCAUGUUAAAGC